GGUGGUGGAAGCAAUGGGAAUGAUAAGUGAUAAGCGCGUCGAUUGAGCAAAGCAUAGGGAUAAGACUUCAAUUCUUAGUCUGUUGUAACAAAUUGAUGUGAGAUUUGCGCUUCAAAAUUUGCUUCGUUGAAAGAAUUUAUUUUUAUUUGUAAAGUUUUUUUUUUUUUGGGAAAGUUUGGGUGGGUGGUUUGUGGUGGUGAAAGAUAAAGAUAAAAUUGUAGAUUACACACACGUCAAAAUUCACUUAUCGCAGGUACUUGUCUGAGAAAUGGCAACUGAUAGUGCGUGAUAAGGUAGCUCGUAGCGAACGGAACCCAUCGAGAGUGCCGCAGUUUCGUGGAGGUGCUUUGAGAAAAUGCGUUAAAAAAAUUUCCGUGAGCGUGUGGGUUGGUUUGAAAAAUUUGCAGAAUAUUCAGUUGAUGGAGAAGGGGGGUGCUAAUGUGGCAAAAAUGGUGGACGGGAGGGUCCUGCUGAAUCCUACAACAGCAGGAACGUCGCAGAUGUCACAGGGCCCAUCAAAUGUGGCCACAGUGAGCUUCAGCAAUCAUCCAAGACAUCACAGUUCCUACCCGGAAAAGGGCUAUCGUGGCAAUCAUGCCCAUCAUGGUAGUGGAGUAGUCAAUCCUGGCUACGUGGGAAGUUCUACAACAAUCCGCAGUGAGAGCACACCCAGUGUCCAAGUUGUGAGGGAGCAAUAUUGGACGUGGUUCGUGAAUUGGUCACGUCGUGAAAGGAUUCUCUUCCUCGUAGUCACAAUCCUCAUUCUAAUCGUCCUGGCUCUCGUUCUUCUGGUAUCUCUCAUCCAUAGAAAAGAAGACCUGACUGUCUCCCCACCUGGAUCGUGGUUCAGUUGGUCACUUUAGCUAUGUAUAGAUAUUAUUAAGUGAAAACACCCAAGAAAGCUUCAAUAAAUUCAUAAUUUGAGCUUUCCCCUCGAAGUGUGGACAUGAGCCACUCGAAAAAUGACACAGAAUAUAAUUUCAAGCUUCUCUUGGAAUUUUUCUUGUAAAUAUAAAAGUAUUUCCUCAAUCCAGAUUGUGCUUCAUAAAUUUACAGCCAAAGACAUUGAGCCAUAGCUCCAAAAAAUUAUGCUUUUUCCUUUGAACAGACAAAACAAUGUAAUACCGAUUUUACAAAAUAUUUUGUAAAAAAUAUUUAGAAUUUCAACACAUACCCUUAUCAUUACAUUAAAUUUAGGUAGUUUAAGUGACCAUAUCAGUUUUCGAUUAUUUUUUUGCCAAUCAUUGUGAUUGGUUGAGAAAAGAGCAAAAUCUAUAAUGUAUAUAAUUUAGUAUUGUAAAAAAAGUUUACUGUUAAUACAUUUUUUUAUGAUUUUACUAAUAAAGUAUCUUUUCG